AUGUCGACAACCAAGAAGACCAUCGCCGUCGUCGGUGCAACGGGAAAUCAAGGCUCAUCCGUAGCCCGGACCUUCCUCGCUCUCUCCAAUUGGAACGUCCGCUGCCUCACGCGUGACCCCUCGAAACCCAUUGCCAAAGAACUCGCCAGCCUCGGCGCCGAAUUCAUCACAGCCGACCUCUCAGAUCGCUCUUCCUUGGCCAAAGCAUUCGACUCCGUCCACGCCAUCUUCCUCAACACCGACUUCUGGCAGACGUGGCGGCCAGCGAAAGCCGCGGCGGAUGCUGCAGGCCAGGGAUUCGAGGUAGCCAGCGCCACCGCUUUUGAGGUCGAGACGAGUCAGCGCAAGAAUGUCGCGGACGCCGCUGCCGCUGUGCCCACGCUCGAACGCUUGAUUGUCUCCACGCUGCCAUCGGUGGAGAAAGCGUCGAAGGGCAAGUAUCGGCGCUCCAUGCACUCGCAGGCAAAGGCGUGGGUGGUGGACUACAUCGUUGACGAGCUGCCCGAGCUGGCGAAGAAGACCAGUUACAUCAUUUUGGGAGCCUACCACGACAACGCGUUGGUGUUGCCUCGAGAGGAUCCAUCCAGCGGGAAAUACGUGCUGGCCUUGCCCUUUGAGAAAGGUCACAAGAUGCCCAUCAUCAAUGCGAAACAGUCCACGGGCCGCUUCGUGCGAGCCUUGGUCGAGGAUGAGCAGGCGGGCAAGUUCCUUCUGGCGUACGACACUUACCCGACCUUUGAGGAGGUGGUGAAGGACUGGGCGAAAGUGAAUGGGAAGGAGGUGAUGUACGUCAAAGUCUCCAUCGAUGACAUUCGAACCAAGUCGGGGCUCACCGACGAGCAUCUGGAGCCGCUGGCGGCUUUUGCGGAGGGAGCGUCGUACACUGCUGGCAUCGAAGGGGUGGUGGAACCGCAUCAUCUGGUGAACAAAGGGGAGUAG